UUCAAGAGACGUUUUUCAGAUAAGAAAGCAGUAAAUCAAAUACAAUUAUAUAAACAAGAAGAUCAGAGGGGAUUAUCCUGAAGGGUAUAAAAUGAACCAAGAGCUUUUAGUUUGGGUCAUCACAGCAUCUGCUCACCAAUGCAAAGUAAGCAUGGCUGCUGUCUUUCUGAUGUCCAUGCUUCUUGGCCUUGCAUGUGGGCAAGCGAUGUCUUUUUGUAUUCCAACUGAGUAUACAAUGCACGUAGAAAGGACAGAGUGUGCGUAUUGCCUAACCAUCAACACCACCAUCUGUGCUGGAUAUUGCAUGACACGGGAUAUCAAUGGCAAACUGUUUCUUCCCAAAUACGCACUGUCCCAGGAUGUUUGCACAUACAGAGACUUCAUCUACAGGACUGUAGAAAUACCAGGAUGCCCACUUCAUGUUGCUCCCUAUUUUUCUUAUCCUGUUGCUUUAAGCUGUGAGUGUGGCAAGUGCAAUACUGACUAUAGUGACUGUAUACAUGAGGCCGUCAAGACAAACUACUGUACCAAACCUCAGCAGUCUUAUCUGAUGGGAUUUUCUGUCUAAUUUUAAUAGUGAUAUAAUUUGCAAUUUGGUUAAAUGUGCUUGCCUGAAAUAAAGCUAAUAGAAAUAUUAUGUUUCACA